CCCGGGCCCGUCAUCCUCUUAUCUCCUUUCUUCCUUCAUUCAUCAGGAGAUGGUUAGUCCAUCGUCUACUCGUUCAUAAGUUUAUUCAUUGUUGCAGUCAGGAUGCCGCCUUCUAACGGGCACCUGCUGCUCCCCAAGGUCUGGAGAGCAGCCAGGUCCGCCUACGAGAAGGCUUGUAAGACCUUAAGGUCAAAAUUUCCCGAGCAAAUCCCACAGGGCUCGCUUCGUCUUCAGCCAGAAUACAUUAGGGUUGCUCACAGACAACCUAUCAAUCGAGCGGCUGCUAUCCGUCAAGCCCGUAGUCGCCAAUUCUCGACGCGCGCGGCGGGAUCCUUCGUCUCUUAUCUCCGCAGUGGUCUUCAAGCAGACCGUACUGCGACAACGAAGGUAUCUUCUGUUGCCUCCAAUCUUAGCCGGUUGACAACUCGUGCUCCUUUCGCGUCUGCUCUCCGCCCGAACUUGACUGGUGGUACGUUGGGCCGCACGGCCGGAGGUUAUACAAUUGGCGCCGGCCGCAUUGGCGGUGCACGAUACUUCUCACAUGGCCCGGCUGCACCGGCCCAGGUCAUCAACAAUGUUUCGAUGGGUGUGCGUGCGUUCUUCCUCUCGGGACAGAAGGCUCGAUUUGAUGGGGUCGAUCCAAUCACCGGGAACAAGCGCUACAAGGCCGUCAGCAAGCUUCAGGAUGAAGCUGAGCGCAAAAUGACCGGCAUUCCUCGCACGGCUCCCGGGUCUUUUAUCGACUUCCAGAUCUCCCCUACCAUCACUGCCUUUGGCCUGCAGAAGAACCUGGCUGCUACCAGCACUUGUGAUGAUCAGACGCUGAACUCGGAAGGCCUCCUGGACCUGCUGUCUGCCGACUUUGCCCGGACCCUUAAGGAUCUGGCUGUCGUUCUUAACGAUCUUAAGCGUUUGAAAACCCUGGGCGACAUGCCCGUCAUACUCCACGACCAGUCUACGAUUCGAGUACGGUUUCCGGGUUGCGAUGCCGAGACUGUUGAGAGGCUUUGUGAUGAAGCAGGUAUUCAACGAGGCAAAAUCAUGCAAGAUGAGGAUUUCAACACGCGUACGGGUGCCGAUCUUGCUCUUCUGUUCCCAUUUGCUCCCAGUGUCCCAGUCUCUCCGCAGAUUGAUGAUUACUUCUACAAACCUCAGUCUGUGAAGUCUCAGGCUCCUGAAGAAGUCGACUGGCAUGCCAUGAUGUCUCCCGAGCAGAUCAGCGACGCGUCGUCUAGUAUGCACAGACAGUCUUCCAACCAGAUUAGCUUUGAGGAUGUAACCAUGUUUGCCAAAAAUCCCUGGGCGUCGCCGUUGUCGGGGUAUUCCAGCAUUAACGUCAGCGAGCUCGGAGACCACGCCUACUUCCCCGAGGCCCUGAGCAGUGGAGUUCCUGCUACCGCCUCCGAAUACGAGGGCUCGGACGGAAUCCGCAAGUUCAUUGCUGAAUGUGACACGGCUGCGCGAUACUGAAGCAGCGGCUAAAUUGUACAGCUUUACAAAGUCAUUUCUCGUUUCCUCGCGUCUUGUUUCCCUUGCAGUCUCUGAAACAAGUUCUCAGGUGAAUCACGAGUAUGCUCGGGCAAUUCGGAUUUACCAGCCAUCUACCUGAUGCGCUCAUAUCUAACAUAUAUACCACUAUUGUUAUUUCGGAUUUAAUUAACUCUUAAAUGUAUACAAAU